CAGGAAAGCUCCUUCAACCCUAAACCCUAGUCACCUCAUCUUCGCCGUUUCUCUCCCGCGAAUCUCACGCAUGUCGCUGUACCUUCUCUACGAAGCCUCCUCCGGCUAUGCCCUGUUCGAAGCUCAUGGGCUCGACGAGAUCGGACAGAACACCGAGGCUGUCCGGAGCUCUGUCUCGGACCUCAACCGGUUCGGUCGCGUCGUCAAGCUCACAGCUUUCCAUCCCUUCGAGUCUGCUCUCGAUGCCCUCAACCAAAUCAACGCCGUCUCUGAAGGGCUGAUGACCGAUGAGCUGAGGAGUUUCUUGGAGUUGAAUCUUCCAAAAGUCAAGGAAGGUAAGAAGUCGAAGUUCAGCUUAGGAUUGGCAGAACCAAAACUCGGGUCACACGUAUGUGAAGCCACUAAGAUCCCAUGCCAGAGCAAUGAGUUUGUCCUCGAGCUUCUCCGUGGAGUGCGCCAGCACUUUGAUAGGUUUAUCAAGGACUUGAAACCCGGUGAUCUGGAGAAGGCUCAACUAGGUUUAGCUCACAGCUACAGCAGAGCAAAGGUCAAGUUCAAUGUCAACCGAGUAGACAACAUGGUCAUUCAAGCCAUUUUCCUGCUCGACACGCUUGAUAAGGAUAUUAAUUCCUUUGCUAUGAGAGUCAGAGAAUGGUACUCGUGGCAUUUCCCCGAAUUAGUGAAGAUAGUCAAUGACAACUACCUUUAUGCCCGUGUUGCUAAAAUCAUUGAGGACAAAUCGAAGUUGUCUGAAGAGCAUAUCCCAAUGUUGACUGAAGUUCUCGGGGAUGAAGACAAGGCAAAGGAGGUCGUUGAAGCUGGAAAAGCGUCUAUGGGUCAGGAUCUGUCACCGGUCGACUUGAUCAACGUGCAGAACUUUGCCCAGAGGGUUAUGGACUUGUCUGAGUACAGAAAGAAGCUCUAUGAUUAUCUUGUGGCUAAGAUGAACGACAUUGCUCCAAACUUGGCGGCCUUGAUAGGUGACAUGGUUGGUGCCCGGUUGAUUUCACAUGCGGGAAGUCUGACAAAUCUCGCAAAGUGUCCGUCUUCAACCCUUCAGAUCCUUGGAGCAGAGAAGGCACUUUUCAGGGCACUGAAAACAAAGGGAAACACGCCCAAAUAUGGUUUGAUAUUCCAUUCGUCAUUUAUUGGGAGAGCGUCGGCGAAGAACAAGGGCCGUAUUGCUCGUUAUCUGGCAAACAAGUGUUCGAUUGCAUCCCGGAUCGAUUGUUUUGCUGAGAGGAGCACUGCAGCUUUUGGGGAGAAGCUGCGUGAACAAGUGGAGGAGCGGCUCGACUUCUACGACAAAGGUGUUGCACCACGCAAGAACCUCGAUGUAAUGAAGGAUGUCUUGGAAACUCUGCAAAACCAAGGAGAAGAGGGAGAGCCGCCUGUGGAGGCCUCAACGGAGAGAAGCACGAAGAAGAAGAAGAAGUCAAAAGGUGAGGAAGCCAUGGACAUGGAGGAGGAGGAUGAGAAGAAGAAGAAGGAGAAGCGGAAGAUGGAAAAAGAGCAGGCCAACGACAAUUCCAAGAAGAAGAAAAAGAAGAAGAACAAAGGCGAGGAAAGCUAAGUGUCCUUUGCGGCAAUGCUCUAUGGAUAUGAUAUAGAUGUCUCUUACGAUGGUGGGAAGGAGAAUGAAUUUACUUUUCUGUAUCUUCUUCCUCAACAAUCAUCCUUUGUUUUCACGUCAUCAUCACGUUCUAUUCUAAUGGUGCUCUCGUUUUUGUU